AUGGCCAUGGCCAUGGCCGCGGAUGCUCCCCGGCCUCGUAUCAUGGUGCUGCCCUUCCCUGCCCAGGGUCAUAUCCUGCCGCUCAUGGAGCUGUCCCACCGCCUCGUCGACCAUGGCUUCGAGGUUGACUUCGUGAACACGGACUUCAACCACGCCCGCAUCCUCACGGCCUUGGCGGCAGGAGGAGACACCGGAGCAGCUGUCCAUGCCGGGAUCCACUUGGCCACUUUCCCGGACGGCAUGGGCCCCGACGGCGACCGCACAGACAUCGUUCAGCUGGCUCAGGGCUUACCGGCGGCGAUGCUCGGCCGCCUUGAAGAGCUGGUCAGAGCUCAGAAGACUCGGUGGGUGGUGGCUGAUGUCUCCAUGAGCUGGGCGCUGGACCUGGCCGGCACGGCGGGCGUGCGCGUCGCCUUGUUCUCGACCUUCUCGGCUGCCAUCUUCGUGCUGAGGAUGCGUGUUCCCAAGAUGGUAGAGGAUGGCAUCAUUGACGAAAGUGCGGUUGUGAAGAGGAAUGAGAGGAUCAAGCUGAGCCCCAACACGCCAGCCAUCGACGCCGCCGACCUCCACUGGGUUAGGUUUGUAAACAGCAACGAGACACGAAGAUUCAUGAUAAAUGGCAUAGCCAAGAGCAACCCAACAUUCGCGCUCGCUGACACCAUUGUCUGCAACACGUUCCAUGCUAUCGAGUCCGAGGCGCUGGCCCUCCCCAAGGCGGCAUUAGCCAUCGGCCCCCUCGAGGCGCCGACGUCGAACUCAGCCAGCCAGCUCUGGCCCGAAGACACGGCCUGCCUCGCCUGGCUCGACGCCCAGGCCGCCGGAUCAGUUGUCUAUGUGGCAUUCGGUAGCUUUACAGUCUUCGACACUGCAAGGCUCCAGGAGCUCGCCGACGGGCUGGCGCUCACCAAACGCCCGUUUCUGUGGGUGGUCCGGCCGAACUUUGCCAACGGCGUCGAUGAAGGCUGGCUGGACCAGUUCAGACGCCGCGUUGGAGACAAGGGGCUAGUCGUCGGCUGGGCUCCCCAGCAGCGCGUGCUCUCGCACCCUUCGGUGAUUGACUUCAUAAACACCGAGUUCAACCACGAUCGUAUCUUCAAGUCCAUGCAAAACAAAGGAGCAAUCCCUGAGGGUUUACACAUGCUCUCAAUUCCAGAUGGUAUGGACCCUGAUGAUGAUCACACAGACAUUGGCAAGAUGGUCGGGGGCUUAUCGGCUGCCAUUCUCAGCCCCCUUGAGGAGAUGAUCAGAAGCAAGAAGAUAAAAUGGGUGAUAGCAGAUGUGUCUAUGAGCUGGGCGCUAGAACUGACCAACACAGUGGGAGUAUGUAUUGCUUUGUUCUCAACUUACUCAGCAUCUGUGAUUGCACUAAGGAUAAAACUGCCCAAACUGAUCGAGGAUGGUGUUAUUGAUGAAAGCGGUCCACUGGUAGUGCCGAUGUCAAAGCCCACUGGUCAUUUUUUGUCUAAAGACGUAACCUGCCUCACUUGGCUUGACACGCAAGCCCCAGGCUCUGUCAUAUACGUGGCAUUUGGGAGCUCUACUGUCUUUGACGCGACAAGAUUCCAUGAACUCGCCAAUGGACUUGUGUUAUCUGGCUGGCCGUUCAUAUGGGUGGUUCGGCCAAACUUCACCAAAGAAAUCGAUGAGGAUUGGUUCAACCAGUUCAAGCAAAGUGUCAAUGGGAAGGGACUCAUCGUUACUUGGGCUCCCCAGCAAAGGUUCUGCAACCAGAGCUACGCGUGCAAUGUGUGGAAAACAGGCCUGAAGCUUUGUUCCAAUGAGCAAGGGAUCGUCACAAGGGAGGAGAUCAAGGAAAAGGUUGUGCAGCUGCUGAGAGAUGAGGAUAUCAAGGCGAGGGCAGUUAUGUGGAAGAACAUGGCAUAUGCAAGCAUCAGAGAGGGAGGAUCCUCUCAUGCAAACUUGAUCAGGCUUGUGAAUUUGCUACGAGAAGGAUGA